UCCAACGCAAUCGACGGGCGGUGGUUGGUGGUUUUCGGUCCCAACCAACAGUCGUCUCAGUCAUUAUCGUGCCAGCACGACAUUCGUUACUAACAUAACAUUUAUUUAUCUAUCACUCGUGUUUUUUUUUAUUUGUUACGCGCACUUAAUGAAAUUUUGUUUACAAAGUGAAAAAGAACCAAUAAAUUUUCUUUAUUUUCUUCUAUUUUUUUUAACCUAAAAAAUGUGAUGAGUGUAAAUUCCAAACAGAAUUUACCGGAAAGAAAUUUCCGCUUAAAUACUUAAAAAAAAGAAUUUAUUUACGAAAUGACGCAUCUUCAACAGAUAAUCGACGAAAAUAUAACAUGAUAGAACUAUGGAUUGUCUUCUAUUUGCAAAAUUAAAUGUCAAUUUUCAUGUGUGAAUCUACAGGUGUUGAAGAAAACCAGUUCUUUAUAUAUAGUGACAGGCUGGUUGUCUUCACAAGAAUAAGAUAGUAUAUUUUUAUUGGUGUGAAAGUUAAACGAAAAAAAAAAAAAAAAAUUUAUCAUGAAAAGGACAAUUAUUCGAGGGACAUCCCUGGCGAUGUUGUCAAAUACAUGGUGGUUACUUGUUAUUCUCGGUGUCAGAGAGUUACAGGUCAGCGGACAAUUGCUGGACACAGAAUUCCAACCAACAGUGACGGCAACAUGUAAAGCUGGUCAUAUGACCAUUCAUGUAAAUCUAAAUCAAAGUUUUGUGGGUGCUGUUCAUGCUCGAGAUUUUCGAACACCACAAUGUAUGGUUCCAGGAAAUGGAUCGAAUCACGCCACUCUUGGAAUAAAUCUUUUUGCCAGUAAAGGCUCGCCGGAUUAUUGUGGCGUUCUUGUUAAUAAUCACACGGAAGAAAGAUCAGUUCCUAUAGCAGUAAGAAUACAUGGAACAUUAGAAUUAGCAGAUGAUAAAUUUUACGUGAUUACUUGUGGCAAGGCGGGAUUUAAAAAUGCCAAAAAUGAGACUUCUUUGGUCUCUCUACGACUUCUGGAUGGAACUCGUCGGAUUCAAACUGCCUAUAUUGGUCAGAAUUACACUCUUCAGGCAGAAAUCUCACGACCCGAUGGAAUGCAUGGUAUACGCGUCAAGAAUUGUUUUGCUUUCAACAAAAAGAACGAUUCCCAAGGUCUGCUAGACGAUAAAGGGUGUCCAAUAAUAGAGAAAAAACAAGUGAUGACGAAAUUCAUAUACGAUCGAAACACGGGAUUUGCCGAAGCAACCUUGUUCUCAAUGUUCAGAUUUCCAGACAGUAGUACACAAGUUCAUUUUCAAUGCGACAUCGCAGUCUGUAAAGGAACUUGCGCAACUCCCGUUUGUGAAGGAGAUGAUGAGUUUUUAAUAAAAGGAUUCAACAAAGGACAAAAUACUGCAGACGAAGAUGCAGUCCUUGUCGCAAGUACGAGUGUCUUUGUCCUUGAACCUGGAGAACCACCUGUAUUGCCUUCGACUUACGAAGACGGUAGUGUUCAUCCAGCCUGGUUGCUCUGGCUUGCUGUUGCACUUGGCAUUUUGUUCCUCAUUAUGCUUAUCAUUAACAUCUGCCUUUGUUCAGCAAUGUCUUGUACUUGCACGCGAACAGAAGUCAUAGAAAAGGAGCCUUCAAUCAUUGAGGAUUACGAUCCUUAUAGAAGUUGGCAUGGUUCUCAAUAUGGAUCAAGGUAUUCUUUGAAUGGUAAACCCGGCUAUGCUUCCGGCGGAUCCACAAUGAAUUCUACGAGAUCCAUAUCAACGAAUAGUGAUCACUACGCCAUUGUUCACUCGAGACCUGGAAGUAGAUAUUCUGGUCCGGGACACAAGCAUCACCACCAUCAUCACAGAGGACCACCUUCUAACAUUGGCUCUCAUUAUUCCGGAAAAUAGUGCAUCUGAAUAAAAGCAAUUGAACAUCCGUAUAAAAUAAAUUAAAAAGGCUAUCCACUAAAAAAAAAAAAUGAAGCUGAAGCUGGCACCUACUUAUUAGCACCCAUUUAAUUUUUGAAAUAUUCAAGUUGGUAUUAAAACAAAAGAAUAUCAUUUGUCAAAAAUCUCAAACAUCAAAACGAAUGUAUAUAAUUCAAAGGUUAUUCAUUAGAAAACAAAUGAAUAACAAGAAAAAAUAUCAAAAAAGAAUUUAAAUAUUUUUUAAAAUAAAUAAUGAAAAUAAUAACGACAACAUUGAAAUUUACAAUAACAAAUGAUUCUUUUAUUAUUAAUUAAUAAAUGCAUUUAGAAAUAGGAAAAAUAUUAUUACUUUUUUUAAAAUAAGUAGAAGUUAAAGAAAAAUAAUUUAAUUUUUAAAAGAUUUUCCGUUCAACUUCUACGAAAAAUUUUUAAUUUUUCUCGACAAUAAAAUUUAACAGUUCCCAAUUUUUUUCAGUCUUUUGGGGAUUAAAAGAAGUUUAAAAAAAAUUGUGAUCGCGAGACUUAGAUUCCAAACGAAAUUUCCAAGAUUUAACGUUGAAAAUUCGAGAAAAAAAUUCCAAUUUCUGCCUUGAAUAAAAUUUAACGGUUUACAAUAUUUUUUUAGUCUACUGUGGACCCAAUGAAGCUAAAAAAAAAUUGCGACCGCGGGACUCGAACUCUGGGAGAAAUUGGAAUUUUUUUUCCCCAAUUAUGGAAGAAAAAUCUCUGUAAUUUCGUCCAGAGUUCGAGUCCCGCGGUCGCAAUUUUUUUUUAGCUUCCUUGGGUCCCCAGUAGACUAUAAAAAUAUUGGAAACAUUUAAAUUUUAUUCAAGGCAGAAAUUGGAAUUUUUUUUCUUAAAUUAUGGAUGAAAAAUCUCUGUAAUUUCGUCCAGAGUUCGAGUCCCGCGGUCGCAAUUUUUUUUUAGCUUCCUUGGGUCCCCAGUAGACUAACAAAAUAUUGGGAACCGUUAAAUUUUAUUCAAGGCAGAAAUUGGAAUUUUUUUCUCGAAUUUUCAACGUUAAAUCUUGGAAAUUUCGUUUGGAAUCUAAGUCUCGCGAUCACAAUUUUUUUUAAACUUCUUUUAAUCCCCAAUAGACUGAAAAAAAAUUGGGAACUGUUAAAUUUUAUUGUCGAGAAAAAUUAAAAAAUUUUCGUAGAAGUUGAACGGAUAAUCUUUUAAAAAUUAAAUUAUUUUUCUUUAACUUCUACUUGUUUUAAAAAAAGUAAUAAUAUUUUUCCUAUUUCUAAAUGCAUUUAUUAAUUAAUAAUAAAAGAAUAAUUUGUUAUUGUAAAUUUCAAUGUUGUCGUUAUUAUUUUCAUUAUUUAUUUUAAAAAAUAUUUAAAUUCUUUUUUGAUAUUUUUUCUUGUUAUUCAUUUGUUUUCUAAUGAAUAACCUUUGAAUUAUAUACAUUCCUUUUGAUGUUUAGAUUUUUGACAAAUGAUAUUCUUUUGUUUUAAUACCAACUUGAAUAUUUCAAAAAUUAAAUGGGUGCUAAUAAGUAGGUGCCAGCUUCAGCUUCAUAAAAAAAAAAGCCCCAGAGAGGAUUUUAAACAAUAAGUGCAAUUCUUUAUUUUAAAUAAUGCGCAUGUGUUAUCUUAUCGUAACGUAUUUACUCUUUUUUUUAAAUCGUUUUAGUUUCCUCUAAAUACAUUCCGAAUAGAAAAAUUCUUUUUUGUACAUAUUUAAAAAAAAAAAUACACUCAAAGAAGUGUUUAAUUUUCCUUCUAUUCUUAAUUAUUCGAAUGAAAAUGAAAAAAUUUCUAUUAUUGCAAAUUAUCUUGCCGAAAUUUAUUUAAUGUCUCUGUUUUACAUAUUAGCUACAUGUGUUUUUUAAUGAUUGCUAGAAAAAAACAAAAAAAAAUUUUUAAUUUUUUCAAGAUUCUUAAUAAUAUGUAAAGAAUAGAAAGAUCAUUGAAAAAUAGAUCUAAUCAGUGAAACAGAAACUGUGUGUACUUAUUCAUUUAUAUAUAUAUAUAUAAUUUAUCUAUCAUUUUUCAUUACAUUCUUAAUGUAUUUUAAACAUUCAUUGAAACGCGUAUUAACUUUGUUGUACUUUAACAAUGUCAGACUGUGGACUAGAUAAUAUCUAAUAAUUUGUAUGUUUGUGAAAAGUAUGUAAUAUGUAAUUCUUUUGUUUACUUUGUUUUUUCAUUUUUACAUCUGCUUAUAUUCUAUUCCAUAAGUACGUCGAAAAAUUGGGAAAUAAUUACAGUACUGUCACACCUCAAGUGUAUACUCUUUCAAAAUUUAUUUUGAAAGUAAAAAGAAAUUUCACUAAAGAAAAGUUUAUUUUUACUUUUUGAAUUUUUUUAAAUUACAAUUAAAAUUUAUUUAAAUUUAAUAAAUUAUAAAUUAAUAAUUAACAAUUGAUAAUUUAUUAAUAAAUACGACAAAUUAGUGAAAAAAAAUGGAAAUUUUAAAUCUAUUUUAAUUUUAUGAUUGAUUUCGCUUUGGAAAUGAUUAAUUUAUUUCUGACAGGUGUUUUUAUUUCUCCCUUUUUUGAUAAUUCUAUUGUUGAACUGUUCCAAACAAUAUUUCUUGUUAUAUUUAGUUCUAGAAUGCACAUGUUAUUUUCAUUUUGUUGUUUUAUGGCGUUAUAAAAUGUUUGUUUAACAUUAAAAAUUCUUGUGAAUGAAUUUUUCAGAAAAAUUCUAAUUCCUUUUGUAUGUAUUAAAAAAAAUAUAAACUUUUCUUCCAUUUCAUUCACGCUUAAACAUAUUUCAUUUUUAAUAACUCAAUAAAUUGUAAAAUAAGCAUUGUUUACGCUAUCAUUCACAAAAAAAAAUCAAUCUAGUAAUGAUUAGUAUUAAAAUUUUACCAUAUGUUGUUUUAAUUUCUAGCCAAGCCAAUCAAUUUGUACAUAUAUAUAACUUUUUUAAAAAGUGUGCAUGUUACUAAAUUAGUUAAUAGAUAAAAAAAAGGAAGGAGGUCGGAGACGCUCAAACCAGAUAAAUAUAAAAUUGUUUUUGUACAAAGAAAACAAAUCUUUGAAACAAAAAAAAUUUCUCUUUUUGCGUAAAAUAAAAAAUAACAUUUGCUCGAAAAUAUAGUUCAAGGCCUAUGUAACCUACACUGUUAGUUGUAAUUAUAAAAAAAAAAGUGUUGAAUAUUUAAUAUCAAUACUAAUUAGGCCUUCGAAAAUGUAUGUGCGCAUAUUUCCAUGUAAAAUGUAUGUAAAAUUUUGUAUUAUUCAGUCAAAAUAUUUAGAAUAAAAUAAUCACGAUAUUUUUUAA